AUGGACGUGGCGAAUGUUGUCAGGGUGUUUAUGGCAGGGGACUUGAUACUAGGACGAGGAAUAGACCAAAUCCUACCUCAUCCGUCUGACCCAACACUUUACGAAGCCCACACUGGAACGACGGACGCACGGAGCUAUACAAAACAAGUCGUUUCGAAAAAAGGAGCUCUGCCGAAAGAUCCCAGUUUUGACUACAUCUGGGGUGAUGCGUUGGAUAUUUUAAGUGAGUACAACCCAGACUUUCGAAUAAUCAACUUAGAGAGUGCAGUAACCACCAGUGACUCCCCGUGGCUAUAUAAAGAUAUAUUGUUCCGCAUGCAUCCAAAAAAUGUGGAUACUCUAAAGAGCAUCAAGGUGGAUUGCUGCGUCCUCAGUAAUAACCACGUACUGGACUGGGGAUACUCAGGAUUGGAAGAGACAAUAAAAACCCUUCAAGACAACGGCCUUGGCUUCGUGGGUGCAGGGAAGAACAUCUUUGAGGCCGAAAAGCCGGCAAUAUUUGGCCUUCGGAACGGCAAAGGGCGCAUUGUAGUGUUUGGACGGUGUGAGAAAUGGGCACAUGUGCCUGCGUCGUGGGCAGCAACGCCCGACAGAGCAGGGGUCUGCACCCUGGCCAUGGUAAAUAUAUCUGAAGAAAUCCAGUUGUUAACGGAACAGGUGAAAAAGGUUAAGAAACCAGGCGAUCUCGUCAUUCUGUCUUUUCAUUGGGGAAGAAACUGGGACUGGACGGUUCCAGAAUACCAGCAAAAAUUUGCUCGUGCUGCAAUCGACGUUGCCGGCGUUGACAUCAUCUACGGACAUUCAUCUCACCACGUGAAGGGUAUAGAGGUUUACCAUGGAAAACUCAUCACUUACGGCUUAGGCGAUCUGAUCAAUGAUUUCGAAGGUUCGAUCAACCGUUACCUUGCUCGUUUAUCAGAAACAUAUCAUUACGAAUGGAACUUAAUGUAUUUUGCCGACUUCAACCAAGAGAACGGAAACGUCCUCAACCUUAAAAUGGUGCCGACUUCGAUAGAAAAGUUCCAGGUUAGAAGAGCCGACAAAGAUGCCACAGACUGGCUCCAUAAGCAGAUGGACAAGUUGUGCAAGAAGUUGGGAGCAGGCGUGGAGAGAGUCGGCGACGAACUCCAACUCCUGAUUGCUAAUCCCCUCGUCAAGGGCGAGCUAUAA